AUGGCUGAUCGACGAUUUGAAGAGCUUCUCGAGCGUAAUCAGAGAUCGCUUGGUAACUAUCAGGCCCCACCCCUGCUACAGAACAUAGUGGAAAUGAAACCUGAAUCAGGAGCUAUCUGCAUCAUAACCUGUGCUGACGCCCGAGUCAACCCGGAUGAAUUUCUCGGUCUCACACGUGGAGAAGCUCUAGUAAUUCGCAACGCGGGUGGUCGAGCUGCCGAUGCCUUGAGAAGUCUUGAAGUUAUGGGGUCAAUUGCUCCUAUUGACUUGAUUGUGGUGGUACACCAUACUGAUUGUGGCGGUUUAUUCACCAACGAUGAUGAAAUACGAUCCAAACUGUGUGACAGGGCCCCGGCUCAUGCCUCUACGAUUACGGAUAAGUGGUUUGGUACAUUUCAGAGUAUUGGCCUCGACGAGAGCAUCCGAGAGGAUGUCGAAGCAAUCAGGCAAUGGCCGUUCUUACCAGUAGAAGCUCAGGUUGUUGGUUAUGCAUAUGAGCUUGAGACAGGAUCACUUAGAAAAGUUGUCCCAGGCAAAGAUUUGAGGAAAUAA